AUGAGGCCAGGCCUCUUCUGCCUCCUAGGCCUUCCAUUCCUCUUUUGCCAGACCACAGGGAGUUUGUGGAUCUCCAGCCCCACCUCCAGCUCUUUCUCUGACUCUGUACUCAGCUCCAGCAGCAGCUCUCAUCCCGGUCCUGGCUCCGUGUCUCAGUCGCUUUCCAAUUUCACUGGCUUCGAGGAUGACCACGGGACCUGCCAGUGCUCCAUCGUGCUCCCAGACACCACCUUUCCCGUGCAGAGAGUGGAACGCUUGGAACUCACGGCCCACGUUCUCUCCCAGAAGUUCGAGAAAGAGCUUUCUAAAGUGAGGGAGUAUGUCCAGUUAAUCAGCGUGUAUGAAAAAAAGCUCUCCAACCUAACCAUCCGCAUAGAGAUCAUGGAAAAGGAUACCAUUUCUUACACUGAACUGGACUUUGAGCUGAUCAAGAUGGAAGUGAAGGAGAUGGAGAAACUGAUCGUACAGCUGAAGGGCAGUUUUGUUGGAAGCACAGUAAUUGUUGACCAGCUGGAAGUGGAGAUAAGGAAUAUGACUCUCCUGGUAGAGAAGCUGGAGACACUAGACAAAAACAAUGUCCUUGCCAUUCGCCGAGAAAUCCUGGCUCUGAAGACCCGGCUAAAGGAAUGUGAAGCUUCUAAAGGUGACAAUGGUCUUGUCUCCCCACCACCUCCUGCUCCUGGGACCUGUGGCCAUGGUGGUAUCAUGAAUGUCAGCAAGCCAGCUGUAGUUCAGCUCAACUGGAGAGGGUUUGCCUACAAGUAUGGUGCCUGGGGUCGGGAUUACUCUCCCCAGAAUCCAGAAGGGGGUCUGUAUUGGGUGGCCCCUUUGAAUACAGAUGGAAGAACUCUGGAAUAUUACAGACUCCACAAGACACUGGAUGAUUUGCUAUUGUACAUAAAUGCCCGAGAUUAUCGGAUUACCUAUGGCCAAGGUGGUGGUACAGUAGUUUAUAACAACUACAUGUAUGUCAACUGGUACAACACUGGGAACAUUGCCAAAAUUAACCUGAGUAACAACAGGGCUGAACUGACUCAAACUCUCCCUAAUGCCGCCUAUAAUAAUCGCUUUUCAUAUGCUAAUGUUGGUUGGCAAGAUAUUGACUUGGCUGUGGAUGAGCAGGGACUGUGGGUGAUUUAUUCAACUGAAGCCAGCACUGGUAACAUGGUGAUUAGUAAACUCAACGACACCACACUUGUGGUGCUAAACACUUGGUACACCAGGCAGUAUAAACCAUCUGUUUCUAAUGCCUUCAUGAUAUGUGGGGUUCUGUAUGCCACCCGCACUCUGAACACCAAAGCAGAAGAGAUUUUCUACUACUAUGACACAAACACAGGGAGAGAAGGCCGACUAGCCAUUACAGUGCAGAAGAUGCAGGAAAGAGUGCAGAGCAUUAACUACCACCCUAUUGAGCAGAAACUUUUUGUCUAUAAUGAUGGUUACCUUCUGAACUAUGAUCUGAUCUUUAACCAGAAACCCAAGUAAAUGUGUUAGGGUGAGAGAGGAAGAGAAUGUUCUUUG